AUGGCCUCUCAAACAGUGGCUGCCCUCCAAGACGAGGUGAACCGCCUCAAGAUCCAACUCCAGUCGCUCACAGAGGAGGAUAGCUCCCAGAAAAUCCGCGUCGGCGACUACCUACUCGCCAGGCUCGAGCAACUUGGCGCUAAUUCCAUGUUCGGAGUACCGGGAGACUUCAAUUUAGGAUUCUUGGAUCUAGUCGAAGAUCAUCCUAGCAUCGAAUGGAUCGGGAACUGCAAUGAGCUGAAUGCAGCGUAUGCCGCAGAUGGCUACGCCCGAGUCAAGUCAAAUAGCAUUGGUGUUAUCCUUACAACGUUCGGUGUUGGCGAACUCAGCGCGAUGAACGGUAUUGCUGGAGCUUUCUCCGAGAUGGUACCUGUCUUGCACAUAGUCGGCGUUCCCAGCACUGUCCAACAGAAGUCCAAACCCAUGCUUCACCAUACCCUUGGAGACGGACGAUUCGAUGCUUACGAAAAGGCGGCUGAACAAUUCACCAUCUCGCAGGCCAUACUUAAGGAUCCUAACGCCGCCGCCGCCGCCGAAAUAGAUCGUGUGCUGACAGAUUGCAUCACCAGCGCCCGCCCAGUGUAUCUCACCCUCCCUACUGAUCUCGUGUAUACCAAAAUAUCCUCUGCCCAGCUCAGGAUCCCCUUGUCCCGCUCCCCUCCUCCCAACGAUCCCGACGUCGAGAAAUUCGUGCUCGACGAGAUAGUCAAGCUCGUGGAAGCGGCUGACAAUGAUGCCAUAUUCCUCGUAGAUGCUUGUGCAAUACGACAUGACGUACGGGACGAACUCGACGAAAUGAUCAGGAAGACGGGUUUCCCGGUAUAUUCGGCACCUAUGGGCAAGACUGCUGUCAGUGAACAGUAUGAGCGUUAUGGCGGUAUAUAUGUGGGCUCCAUCAGCCACCCAGAGAUCAAGGAGAAAGUCGAAUCUGCGAAACUCAUCAUUAGUAUCGGUUCUCUCAAGACCGAUUUCAACACUGGCAACUUCACAUACAGCAUCCCCACCGACAACAUCAUUGAGCUUCAUUCCACUUGGACUAAGGUUCAAUAUGCGGACUUCGCCCAUGUUGGCAUGAAGGAACUCAUCCCCAAGCUUUCUGCGCGAUUACACCCAUACCAGGAAGGCGCACGUCAAUACGACGUACCGAAAUUCGUAGCCGACGUUCCGAAGGAAGACAACGACGUAAUCUCCCAAGCAUGGUUCUGGCCUACCAUGAAUACGUUCUUCCGACCGCAAGACGUUAUCGUCGCAGAAACCGGGACAUCGAGCUUCGGGAUAUUGGAUGUCCCAUUACCCGAGAAGUCAAUUUUCGUCAGUCAGAUUUUGUGGGGGAGCAUCGGAUGGAGUGUUGGGAGUACACUUGGAGCUGCUCUUGCAGCGCGCGAUCUGGGCCUUGGACGUACCAUCCUCUUCGUCGGCGACGGCAGUUUGCAGUUGACCGUGCAAGAACUUUCCUCGAUGAUGCGUCGCGGUGUCAAGCCCAUCGUAUUCGUACUGAAUAACGAGGGGUAUACGAUCGAACGGUUCCUCCAUGGUUGGGAGCGGCAGUACAAUGACAUCAACAACUGGAAGUGGACUUCGCUGCUCUCCACACUGGGCGACGCAGACGGCGUCCUGUCGAAAUCGUACACCGUAAACAACAAGCAGGAGCUAACAGCGCUGCUGGGCGACGCAGAGUUUGCCAAGGCAGACAAGAUGCAGCUUGUUGAGGUGAUGAUGCCGAAGCACGAUGCACCGCGAGCGCUGCAGGUGCAAGCCGAGCUCAGUGGCAAGACAAACAAGUAUGUGGGUGGGUCGUAA